AUGAAGGCCGACUCUCCUGAGCCCUCCGCCGUCGCCCAGCUCCGCAGCGUGGGGCGGGCAAACUCGCUCGUCCCACGCUUCAUUCCCGUCGGUGGCGGCAUUUCCCCUGUGCACGUCUCCGCAACUCCCUUUUCGCUCCACGGUGGCGUCGCCGCUGCUGCCGCGACAGCAACUAACCUGCACGAACCGAUUCGGCGCAUCAGCAUGCACAUACCUCCCGUGGAAAAGCAGGAGGAAUGGGUGUUGAUGCGCAAAGCGCGUACGGCGCCGGACAACGAGUGCUGCGGCUCCUCACAAGCUUCCUCCGCGACGGCGCAGGUGCGCAGCAGCAGCAGCAGCAGCAGCAGUGUCGAGCAGCCCGACACGCACCAAGCGAAGCCGAUGCCGACCAUGACGAGCGCGGCGACCGAGCUGCUCUUCAGCAGCUUCAGUGGCGACUCAACGGACAGCAGCGCCACUUCGUUGUCGGACCGCCGUUUCAGCAUGGUUUCUUCGCUGGAUGGCACGGUCACCAUCUCUCACCAGGGUGCCGGGGAAGUGCGGAGGUCGAGCCCGGACAGGUUGGGCGGUGAUCCCAAUAUGUCUCCGCUGACGGAUCAAAUGCCGCCGAAGGCAGGGAGCCCUACACGUGUCGUGCGUACCAAUUGUGCGACCACGCCGCUGCCACCGCUGCCCUCUUCCGCGUUGUCGAGAGCUCCUACAGCGCUGGUAACUCCACCACCCGCACAGAGCAAUGCGAUGUUAGCACCAGGCAAGAGCGCCUCGAGGUUGGGAGAGAGAUUGCCGUUGAGAGGUUAUGGCGAUGUGCGCUCACCGCACGAGACGCACUGGUGGCGGCCGGAAAAGGAUGGGCUCGACGACGGCCCAUCGACGCCUGCAGAGACGGAGGUGUACCGUGGCAAGCGUGUCGGUCGCGGCUUUAAUCGCAGGAUCAGCAUCAGGGCCAUGAACUCUGGCGAACUGCUUCCCUCUCACGUCUUGCUGGGGGCUCCGAGUGGGCUGACGUCGAGGGCGAGCGACUCGACCUGCAAUGUUUCCUCGACCUGCUUGUCGGGUGGCCACCCUUCCUCGGUGGAGCGGAGUCGACGGAGUGCGAUUUCGUUUCUCAACAACGUCGCCGUCGCGGACGAAGAUGCGUCGACGGCUGCCGAAUUGCACCACCUCUGCGACACCCCGCACCAUCAAGGUAUCGCCCAGCCCCAGCCGCCGUCGCUGGUGGAUGCGUCGUUCUCUACCCUCCCUUCCACCACCUUCUUCAAGCGGGGCGGAGUCACGCACUUAAUUUAG